AUGGCUCAUUUAAUAUGGACAAUUGUUCCAAUAGUUGUUCUUGAUCGAUGUUGUAUAUCAAACAGUAAAUCAAUUUAUCGAAUAUUAUUAAAAGUAUUUAUUUGUACAUGUCCAUCAUUACUUUGUAACGAAUUAAGUAUUAUAUUUAUUUGUCAUAAUAAAUUUUUGAUAAAUGAUCCAUUAAUAAUUUCUAUUAAAUGGUUAAUAUUUAUUGCAACAAUAUUUAUUAGUUUUUGGACAGGAAUUCUUAGUGAUACUAAUAAAUGGCGUGGUAUUCAUGGAGGACAAAUAGCACCUAAACAAUAUUCUUCAUUAUAUCUAUUUGAAAAUUAA